AUGUGUCAAAACGAAGUUGAAGUCAAUGGCUGGACCAGCAUGCCUGCUAAUGCUGGCGCCAUCUUUGGUGAUGAACCCUUCAUCAACGUACCGGAAGCCCUAUCGAUCGAUGAGAUCAAGUUUCCAACUGAUGACCCUAUUGUCGAGAAAACUUUGAGAUAUGCAAAGACCGCUCUUCCCAUUGAAAUAGUCAACCACUCUAUGAGAGUUUACUACUACGGAAUGGUGAUCACCAAGCAGCAGUUCCCUAAGCAAGCCAGUGCCCUUAGCCCCAGUACCUGGGCCUUGACCUGUUUGCUGCACGACAUCGGUACUUCCGAGCAAAACCUCACUGCAACUCGGAUGUCCUUUGGACUUUGGCAAGUUGAUUCAUGA